AUGGCCGAAGAAACAGCAACCAAGAAGCUCAAGACCUCCUCGCCCUUGAUUGGCACCCACAACGGCCACUUCCACGCCGACGAGGCCCUAGCCGUCUACCUCCUGCGUCUCCUGCCCACCUAUGCCUCGUCUCCCCUUGUUCGCACCCGCGACCCGGCCCAGCUGGAGACAUGCCACACCGUGGUAGACGUGGGCGGCGUGUAUGACGCCGCCGUCAACCGCUAUGACCACCACCAGCGGACCUUUGACACCGUAUUCCCCAAGCAUCACACCAAGCUCUCCUCCGCAGGCCUUGUGUACAUGCACUUCGGUCGCGCCAUCAUUGCCCAGCAUAUGUCCCUUCCCCAGGAUCACGCCGAUGUCGACCUGCUCUACGAGAAGCUGUACACGGACUUUAUCGAGGCCAUUGACGCCAAUGACAAUGGCAUCGCCGCCUACGACCCGGCCGCGGUGGCUGCCGCCAACCUGGAGAAGCGCUUUAGGGAUGGCGGCGUGACCCUCGCCUCCAUCGUCAACGACAUGAACAACCCAGACCCGACUAGCCCUCCCGGCGAGCCCCAGGACGAAGACAGCCUGUUCGGCCGCGCCAGCACGCUCAUCGGCAACGUGUUCACGCGCAAGCUCCACCAGGCCAGCACCUCAUGGCUGCCUGCCCGCACCACCGUUGGUAACGCCUACGCCGCCCGCACGGAGGCUCACCCCUCAGGCCGCAUCCUCGUGCUACCGCAGGGCGGUGUCCCAUGGAAGGAACACCUGUACAACUUCGAGCGUGAUGCCUCAGCUGGCCCGGACGCCCAGGUGUACUACGUUCUGUACCCCGAGAGCGCGGCCGAGGAUGCCAAGUGGCGCGUGCAGUGCGUGUCUACCUCCGAGGGCAGCUUCGAGUCUCGCAAGCCGCUUCCCGAGGCGUGGCGUGGUGUGCGUGAUCAAGACCUGGAUGGCUUGAUGGCCUCGGAGGCGGAGAAGAACGGCCAGUCGAAGCUGCCGGAGGGUGCGAUCUUUGUGCAUGCUAGUGGUUUCAUUGGUGGGCAUAAGACUAAAGAGGGUGCUAUGGCUAUGGCAGUGCGCAGUCUGGAGUAA